CUUUUUUUUCCAUUGUGUGGUUUUGGCCAUAGGGCCUUACUUUGGCUUUCUCCGAAUGGCUGCUUUGCUUUUUAUAAAGGAAUACAGCGGUACCUUGAAGGUCCGGUGCCACAACAACCUGGGGUCGGAACAAGAUUUUGUUACUUGUCGUUUUUUUUUUUAACCGCAGUUUCAUUUUUAUUUUCGUUUGUUCCACUUGCCGUUAUGAUUUCUGUUAACUAUAAUAACCUUGGCAAACACGGUAUGUGAAUAAAAUGAACUCGCCUUGGCAGUUUUUAACGUCCCCUCUUGUUGUUAUAUGUUUUUCGGCAGGUGGCGCGUCACGUUGGUCGUCGCCUCCCUGCGACUGCUGUUGCAAGAACCACAAGGGCGACAAUGAGGGCGAGAGCGGCACCUCCUUCAACGAGCUCUCCACUUCCAGCUCAGAGAGCCAGUCCGAGGCCGGCUCUCCGCAGGGGACGGUCAUCUGCGGCCCAGUCAGCCGCCAGCCGCACCCCCACGCUAACGUCCAAACUUUGGACAGGCCUCUAAAAAAGGGCCCGGUCGCCAGGCUCCAGCAGUCGGAACAACGGCGGAAAAGCGACCUGUUGCGUACGCUCACCUCUGGCUCCCGCGACUCCAACACGUGCAAGAAGAGGCCGCCCAAAGAGAAGCUGACGGUGGAGGAAGAGCUAGAUAGGUGCAUUCAGGACUUUCGCAAGAUCAAGAUUCCCGAGAGGUUUCCCGAGCGGAAGUACAUGUGGCAGGCGGACUUGUUGAGAAAGUACCGCCUCUGAGCACGCAGUAAACCGACUGCUGAGGCCAAGGAUCUGUUUACACCUUUUGUCCAGCGAGACUUUGGCGACAAAGAUAAUUCAACUCAAUCAUUCACCAUUAUGCCAGUUGGUUGAACAGCGACAAACUGAAGCUCGAAAGAAGCAUUAAAAAAAACAAAAAAACAGACUGUUCUCUUAUUGACGUAACGUAUGUAGUAUGUGUGUGCGUUUAGUUCCUCGCUCACUCUGAGUAUGUACUGUUACCUCGCUCAAAUGAUUCACCGCUUUGAAUAAGAGCAAACCAAAGCGAGCCGGAAGACAGAAGAACCCGGAAGUGGAUCGGUAAUGGCGACACGGAGGGGUGAUGGUGGGUACUGAGAAGCACAAACUCAUCAUUUCCCUCACAAAAACAGAACGUUACUUUGAAAUCACUGAAAAUAUCCAUGUGAAAAGGCACUUGGAGGCAGGACAGCACAAUUUGUUUCAGAGUUGGCAUAGGUGUUCCAUAUUUUUGUCCUUCUCGCAACCCUACACAAAUAGCUAAAAUAUGUGCGCAAUUGACACCCCUCCCCUUUCAUGAAAUUGCCCGUAUUAAUUGUUUAAACUACAUAAAUACACCUACAAUCCCCAUUCACACCUUUAUCCUUGAAAAUAAAUGGCUUACCGUCAAGACAUUUAUGUGGGGUCCUCGGUUUACACGCUGUAGCCUGUCACCAAUUUAUGCUAGCUCGGUAGCACAGUCAUAAUUACAACAAAUAUUCAUAAAAAACAUGCGUAGUCCAUGAAUAUGAAACAUGUAGAUGGAUAACAGUCAAUAUGGUGAAAAGUGACCAUGCCUUUUUGUGCCGUGUCACCAUGUAUUCUUACGGUAUGCUAACGAGAUCAUCGGGCGCCCUUCGUACAUUUAUAGCUUUGGUCUGUUGUAAAUCGAGGACCCCCCGUCUGUGUGAUCACAUUUAGUUAGAACCCGAGGUCACUGCUAUCUACGUCCGGGCCUGAUAAAACUCUCUUGAUAGUGCUUUCAGUCGAGUGGUGCUGCUCGGGUACCACACAAACUGUCUUGUUUUUUUUUUUUGCGCACUUCAGAGGCGGGAAAUUUUACGAUUUCAUCAGCGACCCAAAUUAAUUUUCCUGUUCUAAUAUGAGUUCUAUUGCAAAGGCGCCCACCCCCCACUCCACGAGUGAAUCGCGGCGCUGUGAAUUGCUUUGGCUCCUGCAGAGCAAUUUCCGAGAUGGGCAAUAAAGCGAAGGUUUUGAUGGUCAAAUCAUAGAGAAAUACACGGGCGCAAUAAAAGUCCUGAUGGAGCGCCACAUCCACCCACGCAAAUGUUUCCUUCUGUUCUACUCAUGUUCAUGACUAGUUACAUUCUAUUCCCCCCCCCCCACACCCCCAUUAAAAAAAUGUCAGGCACUGAAUAUUCAUAAGGUUAGCAAAACACACGCAGGUGCAGUUGUUAAACAAGCACAUAGCGCGAAAAGGACAUUUACUUAUUUCCCCAGAUGGUUAUACAGUUCUUUCCAGACUGUUGACAAGCCGAUCAAUAGUUAUUGACGAAGGUCUGCGGUGACAGCGCCGAUAUGUGGUUCUUGUUUACAGUUAUUAAUGAGACCUGACAAAAACACUUGACAGAACAAGCAUUCCACGUGUUUUCCAAUACCUUGACCAAAUUAAUUCACUUUUUUUUCCCCCCUUGGUGCCCAUGCCGGACUGGAAUGCUGAAAUUGAAAAAUGGAAAUAAAAGUGCCUGUUCAGUUUGCUUAUGGAGCUGAGAGGUGAAAUGUCUUGAGGCGCCAUCAUUAGGUUCACUUUUGAAUAAUACACAUUCAUAAAAGAAUGAAAGAAUUCGAAUUUGUUUGCUCGAGUGGCAAUCUAAACAUCUAACUGAACUCCAUUUUUUUCGACGAUGUGUU